AGCUUCUGUCUCAUCCAAAAACUUGCAUCCUUCACAAGACGUCUUUUAAAGAAAGCAUUUUUUGCUACCUGCUUCAUCAGUUCCUUGUUAAGAAGAACAGCAUGUCGUACCUGGCAGAUGUUGUUGAAGUUGGUGGGAACGGAGGAGAUCCUUUCGAUUUUAAUGGCACUGAAAAUGGAACCAUGUUGAAAAAAGUCCAGGUUUGGGAAGGUGAUUCGCAGAUAAAAGCCAUGAAUGUGUGGCUUACUGAUGGCCGGUACAAGCAGUUUGGUGAUCCUGCUGGGAAUCUGAAAGAGUUUAACUUUGAAGAUGGAGAGCAUUUCACCUCCCUUUCACUUUGGCCAAAUCAAGAGGGUUCACGUCUGGGUGCAAUCAAAUUCAAGACAAGUCACUCCCGAGAGUUCGGGGCAACCAUGAUACGUUGGAAUCUGCAAUCAGAAGUUCCAGUUGAUGUUGCCUCUGGGAUCUGCAUGGGGAUCAAAGGACGUUCAGGUUUGGACAUUGAUCGCUUAGGCUUUAUGUUCAUCAACACUGUCAAGUCUGCUGAGCUUACCGAUGUUGUGUAUCCCACCAUUCAUGAUGUGAUACCCAAAGUGGCUGUUGGAGAAAUUAAAUCCAUGUCCUACCAGAACAACACUUCUGUAACUCAAGAAUACAAAAUUGAGACCUCCAAAAAAAUCAUCCAAAAAUCCUCCUGGUCUGUUAAGGGAAAAGUGGAAUUCACAAUCAGCCUGGAAGUAAAUGCAGGAAUUCCAUUUCUUGCAGAGGCGAAAUCAAGAUAUCAAUUAACCAUUGGAGUUGAGGGUACAUAUGCUUCAGAGAGCAGUACAGAGAAAAUGGAGCUCUUCUCAUUUCCUGUUAAAGUUCCUGCAGGUAAAACCGUGGAUGUGCACAUCGCACUUGGCCAGGCUACAGUUGACCUCCCAUUCACUGGCAUCAUGAAGAUUACCUACUAUAAUGGCAGCGUGCUGGAGUAUAAAACCAGUGGAACCUACAAGGGUGUCGCUUACUCUGAUGGAAACGUGGUUGUGAAUGAAUCAAACAAAAUGCUUGGUGCAGCCUAACAAGCUUUGAAUUCAUUUCUAUAAAUAUUUUUAUAUUCAUAUAUUUUAGCCACAAAAUGUGUCCUCAUAUUUGAUAAUGUUUAAUAAUCAAUGUUACAGAUGUAUGGGACGUAUUUAGUGCAUUAUGUAUCACUGUACUCAGUAUCUCAGUAAAAUUCUUGCUGACUGGAGCUGUGUGUGUGGAACACUGGAGUCCAGCUGUGACUUAUAUGAUCUUGCAUCUUCAUGUUUAUCCUGCAUUUGGUGGAAUGGGUGAUUUUUUUUUUUUUAGUUGAUUUUUUUUUUUUCUAAGCUGUAAAUCAAUAAAUAAAGUGUGAUUUGAAUUAGGAGGAACGGUGGUUUAGUGGUUAGCACGUUCGCCUCACACCUCCAGGGUUGGGGGUUAGAUUCCCGCCUCCACCUUGUGUGUGUGGAGUUUGCAUGUUCUCCCCGUGCCUCGGGGGUUUCCUCCGGGUACUCUGGUUUCCUCCCCCGGUCCAAAGACAUGCAUGGUAGGUUGAUUGGCAUCUCUGGAAAAUUGUCCGUAGUGUGUGAUUGCAUGAGUGAAAUGAGUGUGUGUGUGUGUGUGUGUGUGUGUGUGUGUGUGUGUGUGUGCCCUGUGAUGGGUUGGCACUCCGUCCAGGGUGUAUCCUGCCUUGAUGCCCGAUGACGCCUGAGAUAGGCACAGGCUCCCCGUGACCCGAGGUAGUUCGGAUAAGCGGUAGAAAAUGAGAGUGAGAGUGAUUUGAAUUAUUCUGCUGGUCUUCCAAUGGUGCAAAGCCAUAUUUUUUGAUUAAUAAAUAAAUCUUUACAAAUUUACUUUGACUGUAGCUUUGUGUGAUAUCUGGACUUGAUUAUUUUCCUUUCACAUAUUCAGAAGAUUAUAAUCUGUUAUAAUUUCCAUCAAUAAAAUCAAUCUCAUUUGAAA